AGCAGAGAGCGGGAACGCAUAUAUCCACCUCCACUAGUAGCUCGGACUGAAAGCUUCCCUUCACUACUCCUUUCUCUCUCUAGGGUUUCUCUCUCUCUCUAACACGCCCAUUUCAUCUAUAAAUAUUCUCGCUUGCCUUCAUUGUUACGCUCUGUAUACUAUUCGAGAUCUGCCUUUUUCUUUCCAUCUUCUCACCGACGCUUCCUUUGGUUGAGUUUACGUAAUGGCACCACCAAAUGAGACAAACAGAUCCCCUGAUGCCCCGAAGCCAGCACGUUUGCCACUCAAUGAAAGGAUACUCUCUUCCCUGACUAGGAAAGCUGUCGCUGCUCAUCCUUGGCAUGAUCUUGAGAUAGGACCUGGAGCACCGAUAAUUUUCAACUGCGUGGUUGAGAUAAGCAAGGGAAGUAAGGUGAAAUAUGAACUUGACAAAAAAACUGGUCUAAUUAAGGUUGAUCGUGUACUGUACUCAUCAGUUGUGUACCCCCAUAACUAUGGCUUCGUCCCUCGUACUCUGUGCGAAGACAAUGACCCGCUUGAUGUAUUGGUCAUCAUGCAGGAACCAGUUCUUCCAGGCUGCUUUCUCAGGGCCAAAGCAAUAGGUCUCAUGCCCAUGAUAGAUCAGGGAGAGAAAGAUGACAAGAUAAUUGCUGUCUGCGCUGAUGAUCCUGAAUAUCGACACUACACUGAUAUUAAAGAGCUUCCACCCCAUCGAUUGGCUGAAAUCCGCCGUUUUUUCGAAGACUACAAGAAAAACGAGAACAAGGAUGUUGCAGUUGAUGAAUUUCUUCCAGCCACGAAAGCCUACGAAGCAGUCCAGUCUUCAAUGAACCUGUACGCAGACUACACAGUCGAGAAUCUAAGGCGGUAGUUCUGUACGUUCCAAACAAAGAGUGGUGCGCGCGUUCUGAGUUUUGCCCUGAAAUAACACUUCAUAUAUAUACUAUAAUAAUUGUUUCUAUACAGUUUUACGAUGAUGACAAAUAACGACUACCACUAUACGAUGGUGGAUUGAUUGAUUAUACUGCUAUUCAAUGAAAAGUGGUGUACUUAAACUCCAAUAUAUAUAUAAUAUAUAUUUGCUGUAAUAGAACUGAUUGGUUGCCUAAGCUUUUACAUUCUCCUUUUAGGACAUAUGUAACUUACAACCCCUCAUUUUUUAUCAUCUUUCAUCAUGUUUCUAUAUUUGAACUGUUCUUUUGUUGUU